AUGAAUGAGCUCAUGGUAAUCACUGCUCAUCAAAGUGGAUCAGCAAUGGAAGCAUGCAUUAACUGCCCUGGAGUUUCUAAGUUACAUCAAAAAGAUAUCAGGGUACUACAUAAGUACUUCCAAUUUUUGAAUGUUUGGUUGGAUUCUGUCAGGGAAUAUUCCAUGUCAGAUGGGGCUCACUAUGAAAUUGGAGUUGACAGAAAACUCUCUGAAUUCAUUCACCAGGUCAGGACAACAUUGGGAUCUUCCCUGGCAAAUUUGAAAUUGAACAUGUAUGAAUACUCUGCUUUCAAGUUGUUUUGCAUCUGGAAUCUGAAAUUCCACAAAACCUCCACUGCUCUGAAAAUUGUUGCUCAAGAGCACUAUGAAGGAGUUUGCUCCGCGCUGAGAAACUAUUAUGAGACACAGACAAAAAUGGACGAUUUUGAAAUUGCAAUUAGGAUAGGGGAUAUUACUUUGCAAAUUGUUACUGUAUCGGAUAUCUAUCACGACUUCAUCAAGCUAUUGCUCAAUUCUGGAAUAUCUAUUUGA